GCAGAGCUCCUCUCGCCCCUCUCAGUGUAGAUGUUGCUGAUGUUGCCGGAGCUGCUGCUGAUUUAGGCGGUUUGGAGCCUGGCAGCGGGAGGUGGCACCCAUACACUCUGGUGUUUGGAGGAUUUCGGGGUCGGUGAUUGGUGGAGAGACGCUGAUGAGCAGGAUCGAACCCUGAGGCGGCGAGAUGACGACGGUGGCGGCGGAUUACGAUCACGUGGAGAUCCAGCAGCAGUACGGCGACGCCCACAACCGCUGGGAGGUGGAGGAGUGGGACAACGAGAACAGCUCCGCCCGUCUGUUCGAGCGCUCUCGCAUCAAAGCGCUCGCAGAUGAGCGUGAGGCGGUGCAGAAGAAGACCUUCACCAAAUGGGUGAACUCUCACCUGGCCCGGGUCUCCAGCCGCAUCACCGACCUGUACAUGGACCUGAGGGACGGUCGGAUGCUGAUCAAGCUCCUGGAGGUCCUGUCCGGAGAGAGACUGCCCAAGCCCACCAAAGGCCGGAUGAGGAUCCACUGUCUGGAGAACGUGGACAAGGCCCUGCAGUUCCUCAAGGAGCAGCGCGUCCACCUGGAGAACAUGGGCUCCCACGACAUCGUGGAUGGAAACCACCGCCUCACCCUGGGUCUCAUCUGGACCAUCAUCCUGCGCUUCCAGAUUCAGGACAUCAGCGUGGAGACGGAGGACAGCAAGGAGAAGAAAUCCGCCAAGGACGCUCUUCUUCUGUGGUGCCAGAUGAAGACUGCAGGGUACCCCAACGUCAACGUUCACAACUUCACCACCAGCUGGAGGGACGGCAUGGCUUUCAACGCCCUGAUCCACAAACACAGGCCCGACCUGAUCGACUUUGACAAGCUGAAGAAAUCAAACGCUCACUAUAACCUGCAGAACGCCUUCAACCUGGCCGAGCAGCACCUGGGUCUCACCAAGCUUCUGGACCCCGAGGAUAUCAGCGUGGAGCACCCUGAUGAGAAGUCCAUCAUCACCUACGUGGUGACCUUCUACCACUACUUCUCCAAGAUGAAAGCGCUGAAGGUGGAGGGGAAACGGAUCGGGAAGGUUCUGGACAGCGCGGUGGAGACGGAGAAGAUGAUCGAGAGGUACGAGUCUCUGGCCUCCGAGCUGCUGGAGUGGAUCGAGCAGACCAUCAUCAUCCUCAACAACCGCAGGUUCGCCAACUCACUGGUGGGCGUCCAGCAGCAGCUCCAGGCCUUCAACAGCUACCGGACCGUGGAGAAACCGCCCAAAUUUACAGAAAAAGGGAACCUGGAGGUUCUGCUCUUCACCACUCAGAGCAAAAUGCGAGCCAACAAUCAGAAAGCGUACACGCCGCGGGAGGGGAAGCUCAUCUCCGACAUCAACAAGGCGUGGGAACGCCUGGAGAAGGCGGAGCACGAGCGGGAGCUGGCGCUGAGGACCGAGCUGAUCCGUCAGGAGCGGCUGGAGCAGCUGGCGCGCCGAUUCGACCGCAAGGCGGCCAUGAGGGAGACCUGGCUGAGCGAGAACCAGCGCCUCGUCUCACAGGACAACUUCGGCUUCGACCUGCAGGCCGUGGAGGCGGCCACCAAGAAGCACGAGGCCAUCGAGACGGACAUCUCGGCGUACGAGGAGCGGGUGCAGGCGGUGGUGGGCGUGGCCUCCGAGCUGGAGGCGGAGAGCUACCACGACAUCAAGCGCGUGGCGGCCCGGCGGGACAACGUGCUGCGGCUCUGGAGCUACCUGCAGGAGCUGCUGCGGGCGCGGCGCCAGCGUCUGGAGCUCAACCUGGGCCUGCAGCGGGUCUUCCAGGAGAUGCUCUACAUCAUGGACUGGAUGGACGAGAUGAAGAUGCUGCUGCUCUCUCAGGAUUAUGGGAAGCACCUCCUGGGCGUGGAGGACCUCCUGCAGAAGCACGCGCUGGUGGAGGCCGACAUCGCCGCGCAGGCCGACCGCGUCAGAGCCGUCAACGCCAACGCCCGGAAAUUCGCCGACGAUUUGGAAGCAGGAUACAAGCCCUGCGACCCGCAGGUAAUCCACGACCGCGUGGCGCACAUGGAGUUCUGCUACCGGGAGCUGACGCAGCUGGCGGCGGAGCGCCGGGGCCGCCUGGAGGAGUCGCGCCGCCUCUGGAGGUUCUUCUGGGAGAUGGCGGAGGAGGAGGGCUGGAUCCGGGAGAAGGAGCAGAUCCUGUCGUCCGACGACCGCGGGAAGGACCUGACGGCGGCGCUGCGGCUGCUCAGCAAGCACAGGGCGUUCGAGGACGAGAGGAGCGGGCGCGCCGGGCGCCUCCAGCUGACCGCACGGCAGGGCGAGGAGCUGGUGGCCGCCGGGCAUUUCGGCGCGGAGAAGAUCGGCCGGCGCGUCGACGACGUCCGGGAGCAGUGGGCGGCGCUGGAGCGGCUGUCGGCGGCGCGUAAGACCCGCCUUCAGGAGGCGUGUUCGCUGCACCAGUUCCAGGCGGACGCCGACGACGUGGACGCCUGGAUGCUGGACGCGCUGCGCAUCGCGUCCAGCGCCGACGUGGGCCACGACGAGUUCUCGGCCCGGGCGCUGGUCAAGAAGCACAAGGACGUCGCCGAGGAGAUGGACGGCUGCCGGCCCGUGCUGGACGCUCUGCGCGAGCAGGCCGACGCGCUGCCCGAGGAGCGGGCCCGGGCGGCCGACGCCGGCGGGCGCCUGGCGGGCGUGGAGGAGCGCUACGGCGAGCUGGCGGAGCUGACCCGGCUGAGGAAGCAGGCGCUCCAGGACGCGCUGGCGUUCUACAAGAUGCUGAGCGAGGCCGACGCCUGCGAGCUGUGGAUCCACGAGAAGGAGCAGUGGCUGCACGGCGUCAAGAUCCCAGAGAAGCUGGAGGACCUGGAGGUGAUCCAGCACAGGUUCGAGAGUCUGGAGCCCGAGGUGAACAGCCAGGCCUCCCGGGUGGCGGUGGUGAACCAGAUCGCCCGUCAGCUGAUCCACAGCGGCCACCCCAGUGAGAAGGACAUCAAAAUCCAGCAGGACAAACUAAACACCAGGUGGGGUCAGUACCGUGACCUGGUGGACCAGAAGAAGGACGCCCUCAGCUCCGCCCUGGGCAUCCAGAACUACUACCUGGAAUGCAACGAGACCAAAUCGUGGAUCCGUGAGAAGACCAAGGUGAUCGAGUCCACUCAGGAUCUGGGAAACGACCUGGCCGGCGUCAUGGCGCUGCAGCGCAAGCUGACCGGUAUGGAGCGAGACCUCGCGGCGAUCGAGGACAAAAUGGCCGACCUGGAGAAGGAGGCCGACCGGCUGGCCGGAGAGCACCCGGCGCGGGCCCCGGGCAUCAAGGGCCACGUGGGUGAGAUCGAGGACGUGUGGAAGGAGAUGAAGGAGACCCUGCGCGCCCGCGAGGAGUCCCUGGGCGAGGCCAGCAAGCUCCAGAAGUUCCUCCGAGAGCUGGACGACUUCCAGGCGUGGCUGUCCCGCACCCAGACGGCCGUGGCGUCCGAGGACGUGCCCAACGCCCUGGCCGAGGCCGAGAAGCUCCUGGCGCAGCACGAGGGCAUCAAGAACGAGAUCGGCAACUACCUGAAGGACUACCGGAGGAUCCGGGACACGGGCGAGGCGGUGACCCGGGGCCAGACCGAGGCCCAGUACAUGUUCCUCAACCAGAGGCUGCAGGCGCUGGACACCGGCUGGACCGAGCUGCAGGAGAUGUGGGAGAACCGACGCAAGCUGCUGUCGCAGUCCCACGCCUACCAGCUCUUCCUCCGGGACGCCCAGCAGGCCGAGACCUUCCUCAACAACCAGGAGUACGUGCUGGCUCACACGGAGCUGCCGGCCACUCUGGAAGGGGCCGAAGGGGCCGUCAAGAAGCAGGAGGACUUCAUGACCAGCGUGGACGCCAACGAGGAGAAGAUCAGCGGCGUGGCGGAGUCGGGCCGCAGGCUGGCCGACGAGGGGAACGUCAGCGCCGAGCGCAUCCGGGAGAAAGCGGCGUCCGUCGACCAGAGGCAUAAGAAGAAUCGGGAGGCCGCCCGGGAGCUCCUGACCAAGCUGAAGGACAACCGAGACCUCCAGAGCUUCCUGCAGGAGUGCCAGGAGCUGUCUCUGUGGAUCGGCGAGAAGAUGCUAACGGCGCAGGACGUGACCUACGACGAGGCCCGGAACCUGCACAGCAAGUGGCUGAAGCACCAGGCCUUCAUGGCCGAGCUGCGCUCCAACAAGGAGUGGCUGGAGAACAUCCACAAGGCGGGCACGGCGCUGGUGGCGGAGAAGCCGGACACCGAGGGCGUGGUGCGGGACAAGCUGGAGUCUCUGAAGAAGACGUGGGACGAGCUGGAGUCCAGCACGGAGACCAAGGCCCAGCGCCUGUUCCACGCCAACCGGGCCGAACUCUUCACCCAGAGCUGCACCGACCUGGACAAGUGGCUGGCGGCCCUGGAGGAGCGGAUCCGCUCGGACGACUUCGGCAAAGACCUGACCAGCGUCAACAUCCUGCUGAAGAAGCACCAGAUCCUGGAGAGCCAGGUGGAGGUGAGGCAGAAGGAGGUGGAGGAGCUGCGCUCCCAGGCCCAGGCGCUCAGUCAGGAGGGGAAGGGUUCGGACGAGGUGGACGGCCUGCGCCGCGGCGUGGAGGAGAAGUUCCACCAUCUGCAGGAUCCGCUGAAGAGGCGCUGGAGUAACCUGACGGCCUCCAAGGAGAUCCACCAGUUCAAACGCGACGUGGAGGACGAGAUCCUCUGGGUGGAGGAGAGGAUGCCGAUGGCCACGUCCACUGAACACGGCAGUAACCUACAGAGCGUCCAGCUGCUCAUCAAGAAGAACCAGACCCUUCAGAGGGAGAUCCAGGGUCACCAGCCGCGCUACGACGACGUCUUCCAGAAGAGCGCUCACGUGCUGAAGGAGGGCGGCGGCGGCGGCGGCGGGGAGGAGGUGAUCCGCCAGCGCCUGGACGAGCUGCGGCGGCUGUGGGGCUCCGUCCGGGACGAGGCGGAGAGGAGGCGCGGCCGCCUGGAGGAGGCGCACGAGGCCCAGCGCUACUACUUCGACGCGGGCGAGGCCGAGGCCUGGAUGAGCGAGCAGGAGCUCUACAUGAUGUCCGAGGAGAAGGCCAAGGACGAGCAGAGCUCGGUGGCCAUGCUGAAGAAGCAUCAGAUCCUGGAGCAGGCGCUGGAGGACUACGCCCAGACCGUGCACCAGCUCUCCAGGACCAGCAGGGCGCUGGUGACCGCCGGACAUCCGGAGAGCGAGCGAAUCGGCAUGCGCCAGUCUCAGGUGGAUAAGCUGUACGCGGGUCUGAAGGACCUGGCGGAGGAGCGGAGGGGGAAGCUGGAAGAGCGGGCGCGGCUGUUCCAGCUGAACCGGGAGGUGGACGACCUGGAGCAGUGGAUCUCCGAGAGGGAGGUGGUGGCCGGCUCCCACGAGCUCGGUCAGGACUACGAACACGUGACGAUGCUGCAGGAACGCUUCCGGGAGUUCGCCCGGGACACCAGGAACACCGGUCAGGAACGCGUGGACGCGGUGAACGGGAUGGCGGACGGGCUGAUCGACGGCGGGCACGCGGACGCGGCGGCGGCGGCGGAGUGGAAGGACGGGCUGAACGAGGCCUGGGCGGAGCUGCUGGAGCUGAUGGACACGCGCACCCAGAUCCUGGCCGCCUCCUACGAGCUGCACCGGUUCCACCACGACGCCCGCGAGGUCCUGGGCCGCGUCUCGGACAAGCGCAGGAAGAUCCCCGAGGAGCUGGGACGCGACCAGAACACCGUGGAGGCCCUGCAGAGGGCGCACCACGCCUUCCAGCACGACGUCCAGGCGCUGGGGAGUCAGGUGAAGCAGCUGCAGGACGACGCGGCGCGGCUGCAGUCCUCCUACGCCGGGGACAAGGCCGAGGACAUCCGGAGGCGCGAGGCCGAGGCGCUGGACGCCUGGCGCUCGCUCCUGGAGGCGUGCGACGCCCGCCGCGCCCGUCUGCUGGACGCCGCCGACAAGUUCCGCUUCCUCAGCCUGGUGCGCGACCUGGUGCUCUGGAUGGAGGACGUGGUGCGGCUCAUCCACGCCCAGGAGAAGCCCAGGGACGUUUCGUCGGUGGAGCUUCUCAUGAACAACCACCAGGGCAUCAAGGCGGAGGUGGACGCCCGGAACGACAGCUUCACCUCCUGCGUGGACCUGGGGAACGCUCUCCUCUCGAGGAAGCACUACGCUUCAGAAGAGAUCGAGGAGAAGCUGCGGCAGCUGACGGAGAAACGGAAACACAUGAUCGAGAGGUGGGAGGAUCGCUGGGAGUGGCUGCGUCUGGUUCUGGAGGUGCACCAGUUCUCCCGGGACGCGGGCGUGGCCGAGGCGUGGCUGCUGGGUCAGGAGCCGUACCUGUCCGGUCGAGAGGUGGGCCAGAGCGUGGACGAGGUGGAGAAGCUCAUCAAGCGGCACGAGGCCUUCGAGAAGUCGGCCGCCACCUGGGAGGAGCGGUUCUCGGCCCUGGAGCGGCUCACCACGAUGGAGCUGCUGGAGGUGAGAAGGCAGCAGCAGGAGGAGGAGGAGGAGAGGAGGAGGAGGAGGCAGGACGCCGCCGCCGCCGCCGCCGCAGAGGAAGCCCCGCCCACCGAAGAGGUGUCGCCGCAGCCCAGGGAGGGUGAGCAGGUCUCUCAGAACGGCCCGCCGGCACAGCAGGACCCCCCCCGGCAGGAGGACGCUGGAGGCGCCGACGCCGUUAACGGGGUGCCGGAACCCAGUCCAGGUUCGUCCCCAACGGCAGGGCGCAAGGGCGAGGCGGCGGCGGCGAGUCGAGCGGCUACGUUACCGAGCGAGGCCCGGGACGCGGCGGCGGCGGCUAUGGAGGGAUUCCUCAACCGCAAACAUGAGUGGGAGGGGCACAACAAGAAAGCGUCCAACAGAUCUUGGCACAACGUGUUCUGUGUGAUUAAGAACCUGGAGUUGGGUUUCUACAAGGACAGUAAGAGCGCCGGUCAGGGCGUCCCGUACCACGGUCAGGUCCCUAUCAGCCUGACGGACUCCGCCUGCGAGGUGGCUCUGGAAUACAAGAAGAAGAAACAUGUCUUUAAGUUCCGAGUCUCCGACGGAAACGAGUUUCUGUUCCAGGCCAAAGACGCCGACGAGAUGAACUCGUGGAUCCAGGCGAUCUCGUGUAAAACGCCCUCGGAGACCAGCGCCCUGUCCUCCCGCGCCCAGACCCUGCCCACCCCCAGCGGCACGGCCGAGUCCAGCCCGGGCAAACGGGAGAAGGACAAAGAGAAGCGCUUCAGCAUUUUCAAGAAGAAGUAGAAGCUUCCUGCUAGUUUAGAACUUAGAGCUGAAUUGGAACUCCUGCAGCAGAAGUUCAUACUCCAUGUCUGGCCUUGUUUUUUAUUAUUAUUAUUAUUGUUUGAUAUUAUUAGGACUCCUGGUGCUUUGAGCAGUCGUUUCUCUUCGUUUAUGUUCAGUAUUUCUGCUUCAGUCUGGUUAACGGUCGCUGGGUUCUUGGUGGGAUCUCGUGUUUGUGAGGAUCAGGCGAUGGAUGGAUGUGGAACAUGGUUGGUGGAUCCAGUAUAAGAUGAAUAGAUGGUUUAUAGGGUGGAUGAAUUUAGUAUAGGAUUAUUGGAUGAAUGAACGUGUAGCCAACAUAUAAUGAGGGGAUGAAGGGGUAGAUUUAGUAUAGGAAGUGAUCACGUGAUGGAUGGAUGGAUGGAUGGAUGGAGAAUACGGUUGGUGGAUCUAGUAUAUGUUGGCUGAAUGGAUUGAUUAAUAGAUGGUUUAUAGGGAAGAUGAAUCCAGUGUAUAUCGGAUGUAUGGUUGGAUGCAGAAUGGAGUAAUGGAGUGAUGAAUGGAGAAUGGAUGGAUGGUUGAAUGAAGAUUAUGGUGGAUGAAUCCAGUAUAUAUUGGAUGGAUGAAUGGAGAGAUAGAGUAAUGGAGUAAAGGAUGGAUGGAUGAUUGAAUGGAUAGAGUGAUGGUUGGGUUAUUUGAUGGUUGGAUGCAGAAUAUGGUUGGUGGAUCUAGUAUAGGGUGGAUGGAUGGAUGGAUGGAUUAUUGGUUGGAUGGAUUGAUGGAUGGUUUAUAUGGAGGAUAAAUCCAGUAUAUAUUGGAUGGAUGGAUGGAUGGAUGGAUAGAUGGAUGGAGUGAUGGAUGGAUGGAUGAAGCAGUGGAGUAAUGGAUGGAGUGAUGGACUGAUGAAUCCAGUAUAUAUUGGAUGGAUGGAUGGAUGGAUGGAUGGAGUGAUGAAUAGUUGGACAUAGUAAUGUAUGGAUGGAGUGAUGGAUGGAUGGACGGAUGGUUUAUUAGGUGGAUGAAUCCAGUAUAUAUUGGAUGGAUGGAUGGAGUGAUGGACUGAUUGAUGGAUGGCUUAUAGGGUGGAUGAAUCCAGUAUAUAUUGGAUGAUUGGUUGAAUAGAGUGAUGGUUUAAUGGAUGGAUGGUUGGAUGAUUGGAUGGACAGAGUGAUGGUUGGAUGCAGGGUGGAUGGAUGAAUUGAUGGUUUAUAAGGAGGAUAAAUCCAGUAUAUAUUAGAUGGAUGAUUGGACAGAGGUUUUGUGAUGACUGUACUGAUGGAGCGCAGCAGCUGUGGUGCUUUAUUAGUGAAUUUAUUCAUUUCUUACACUUUUCUUCUUGAAACUAAUAGUUCAGGAUGAAGUGAAAACGGUUGUGAUUGGUGGAAACGUCGGUGACUUUCGGUGACAAAUAGUUUUGUAAUAAUAACGUAAUAAAGAGUUGUUGAGUUGUGUUUGGUACGUUUGCAGAUGAAAGAGAAAUAUAGAUAUAUAAUAUAGAUGUUUUAUUACUGAUCGAAGGCGGCGGAUUAUGGGCUCGCUGGUCAUGACGUCUGGACUCUCGGACCUGGUGUGGAUGGAUGUUCACCUUCUGUUGCCUUCUGUAGUCGACAUGUCCUGUAUCUGCACAAUAAAUACAAAUGCUUUUCAAAUCAUAA